CAACCUGUGGUAUAUAUACCUCGCCGGACUUUACAGGAGCAUAGUCACAAUUGAUAUCUUCCCACAACUCAUCAGGAACAGUCAUGGCUUUCAAGUUUGUUAUCAUCUCAUGUUUGGUGGCCGUUGCCCGAGCGGGCGUGGUGGCCCCAGUUGCCGCUCCCUUGGCUGCGGCGCCCGUAGUGGCUACGGCGCCAGUGGCAGCUAGGCUUGAAGAAUUCGAUCCCCUUCCGCAAUACAGAUUUGGAUACAACGUAGCUGACGCCCUGACAGGCGAUUACAAGAGUCAACAGGAAUCCCGGGAUGGUGAUCUAGUGCAGGGUUCAUAUUCACUCGUCGACCCUGACGGUACCCGCCGCACUGUGGAUUACGCAGCUGACUCUGUAAAUGGAUUCAACGCUGUCGUAAGGAAAGAGCCGUUGGUGGCGGCUGCCCCUGCCGUGGUCGCUGAGCCCGCGGUGCCAGCGAGACUAGCGGCUCCCCCAGUGGCUGCUCCUGUCGUGGCUCCUGCGAGAUACACUGCAGCAGUCGCCGCUCCCUACGCCACUGCGCCGGUGGCUGCAGCUUACACAGCCCCCGUGGCUGGUGCUUACACCGCACCUUUAGCUGCAGCUUACACCGCUUCGGUAGCUAGAUACUCCGCCCCCAUUGCCAGACUUAUUGCGGCACCAUUUGGUUAUGCCGCAGCUGCGCCAUAUAUAACUGUUUAACUAAGCUUUACCUUCAGGACUGAAUUUCUCACUUAUGGCUGAUAAAUUUUUUUACUCAGA